UGUACAAGUUAGAGAACAAUAUAAAUCAGAGAACUUACGUUUUCAUGGGAAAGAAAGGGAAAAUUGAAAAGGCCUUUGGUGAGGAGUGAUUCUUUGAAAUGGCAACCACCUUCGGGAAAUUUUUCUCUGUGAUACUCCUCUUGCUCCUACUUGCAAAAAGUUCUUUUCAGCAGUGUUCAUUGGAUAACAUCACAAUUUCUCAAGUUAAACAACCAGGACAAGUGGUGGAAGGGAAACCAGAGUACUUGGUGAUUGUGAAUAACAACUGCAUAUGUACACAGUACAAUCUGCAACUCAACUGCGCAGGAUUCAAAACCGUGGUGAAGGUUGACCCUUCGAUCUUAAGCAUAAAUGGGAACUCCUGCCUAUUUAACAAUGGUCAGCCAUUCUAUGGUUUCACCUCAAAGAAUUUCACCUAUGCAUGGGAUACCCCUUCUUCCUUUACUCCAAGCAGCUCUGAUAUUGCAUGUUCCUGAGAAGGAAGAUUGGUUAUGAAGUUUGGAAAUGGCGAAAAUGCUUAAGUUGUCUAUUGUGGUAGUGUUACUUUUGUUCAAUAAGUUUGGUUUGUGUUUAUAAACCUGAAAAGAAAACUGAAGAUUAAUGGACAACAGUUAUUAUUAUAUGCCUUA